AUGGCGGGAGAUAACGACCGCCAAGCCAGCACAGGUGAAGCAGCCAAGAGGACAAGAAAAGGUAAAACGCCACAACGAGUACAAAUUGACAAAGAGGUCACUGACAGUAACGAAACCGAGUAUUUUGACAAUGAGGAUGAAGGAGGAUCAGAAUCGGACGACGAUGACGACCGAUACGAUUACCGCACCUUGGCCAAAAUCUUGGAGACAGUUCCCAAGCUCACCACCUUAGACACCAAAGGAGAGUACAACGUCCUUUACCUCCUACUCGACAUCAGCAAGAAUCACCUGACCUGCCAUCAAGCUUGGAAGAAGAUCGAAAGGAGUCUUACCAGCGAGGCAGCUAGAACCUCGCGACGGAUAGCAUUACUUGCCGAGCUCAAUGAGACAAAGAUGUUUCAUGCUGAUGCCCAGGUGCACGAUUUGACACCCGGUCUACAAGGAGAUGGUCACCAUGGUUCACCAGAGAGUGUACCCGGUCAGAAAGUGGACCCACGUCAAGCAAGUGCUAGAAUGGCUGGGGGAAAUGAAGAGCAGGCCGAAGACACUGAGUCGGACACGGGCAGCACAAAAACCAAACCAAAGAGGAUUCGUUGCUGGGAGGUCUGGUGCUCUUUCACCCCAAGUUGGCGGCAGCUCCCAAAGUCAGAAGGAACCACAUGUUGGAUCUUGGAUUUGGGAGUGAGCUACCACAUGGUUAAUGACCACAGCAUGCUCAUUCAUCCAAGAAAUUGCAGAAAGCGCAUGUAUACCGCUGGAAGCGAAGUGCUGGAGGCAACUGCUGUGGGAGAUACCAACAUAGCAACAGAACAUGGAGACGUUUAUCUCCAAAAUGUGUUGUAUGUUAAAAGACUCAAUAUUAACCUGUUGUCAACCAACUCACUGACAGAUGAGGGAGCACGUGUGACUUUAGACCCUACAGGUGGGCAAAUACACCUGGCAAAUGGUAUGCUAUUGAAAAUAGCGAAAGAUCGCGAGCAUGGACUACUAGAGUUCCGAGGCGACACAUGGCAACAAAGCGCGAUGACUACAUCAACACCGCUGUUUGAAGGGGUUGAUGAAGAGUUCGAGCUGGCCGAUCGGAGACCAAAGAUCUCCACAAGACAGCUCUGGCAUGAACGUUUAGGACAUCCAGGUCGAGACAAGUCCAGAGUGAUUGUUGAUAAAUUGAAAGGCGAACCUGUAGCAGCAUUGGACCCAGAUACAGCUCUGAUAUGUGAGCAGUGUAUAUGGUCCAAAAGUACGGCUGCCCGGAUGGGGCGAGGCAGCGGCGAAACAGCCGUGGGGCCCCUAGAUCUCAUCCACAUCGAUCUGAUCAUAGACUCAUCCCACGUGACAGAAUACACAUGCACAUUGGUGCUGGUCGACGACCAUAGCAAGUAUGUGCAUGCACAACCACUCUUACGAAAGAGCCACGCAUUCACACAACUCAAAAGAACAGUUUCGUUCCUAGAGACACAGAUGGGCAGAAAGCUGAAAGCAAUCUGA